GACGAGCUUUCCGAGAUCUAACCUGUACAGUGCAUUGACAUCGUAGUAUAAUUUGUAAAUCAUCUAUUCACAAAUAAUGUGAGGCUGAUAAUAUAUGAUAAAUCACAGCUUUCAAAUAUUAUCAAGUGCUGUGUUCCAUAUUUGCAUGCUGAUUUCUUUGGCAGAUAUAUCUAUAUAAAUAAUAAAUUAAUGACAAGAGAAUUAAAUAUCAGCGUUUACAUUCGGGCACAAUGAAGUUGGCAGACGAAGGACUCGCGGCAUCGCGACAAUCAGCUUUUCAAAUGGAGCUUCGGCCAUCUCCGUCGGUGCUCGUCGACGUACUUCGCGUGACUCCACUCGCAUUACUCGCUCUGCGCCCGGUAUCAGCGAGAGUCCAGUGGAUGGAGUCCAGUCGUCGUCGCGCGCUCGUUUCCUUCAUAUCGGAUUUGUGUUGACUUGCUCGGUGCUUUCAGUAUAUCGUGCAAAUUUCGUCGGCUGAAAUUCACUUGCGCCCAAUACGGUACACCUUUGUCGUCGUGAAUUUUCUUAAACCGGCGAAAAAAUAUGCACAAAGAAUUUAGAUUACUUCUCGUAAGUGGCUCACUACUGAUGUUCUUCAGUAGUCUCGUCACUGCGACCACUUCCGAGGAAAGUUUCGAGACAGUUCAUACGAGCAACGCGGCCGUUCUAAAUCGACUCGGACUGACACCUCUUCAAAUACCCGAUGGGCAUCAUAAGAAGCGAUUAGCCGGACCUGAACCACCGGGGCUGAGCUCGCAAAUGCGCCUACAUCAGCCUUACAGUCGUCGCCAUGGGCAUCGCGACAGCCACGUUUACAUCGUGAAGCUUCCGGCUAGCCCUCCGUACUACACCAUCACGAAGCCUCACAAAUCCGUCAACGACGAUAAAGUGACGAAGACCGGCCCGAGUUUUCCGGUCGGGUUUCCAGGAAAUGGUAAACCCGCCAAGAUUUAUCAUUGGAAUUUACCGGUCGUAAAGAAAAUGACGGAGAAGAAGCGCGCAAGUCUCCAACUAAGGUUUGAUCAGGCCAAGAAAAAGCUGGAGGAUAUGAAUAAACAGCACCAAACCUUUUCCACAAAAACCAUGCUGAAUAAGCUUUAUCCGCUCGAUACGACCAGCAAGAGUUACGAGUAUCGUGCCGCUGAUAACAAACUGCAUCCGCAUCAAAAGCCAGUGACGAAACACGUCAGAAAUAAUGACAAGAGGCUUAGCUAUCCGAGCGACGACAAUGACAAUAUUAAAUUCAAGUCGACGAAAAAGAACGACGUCGGCAACAAGGCGUACAGAUUGGACGAUUUGAACAUCCACAGGAUCCACCUGACCAAUGAGCUUCAUGGCUCGAGAAACACCGUGCCGAAGAUGAAAAAGCACAGAAAAAAAGCUGCCAUGUCGUAUUACGCGCCAAUCGCCACCAAGACGGGUUCCACCAGCAUCCACAAGAACUUCCCCGGAAAUGGCAAGCCUAAGGCUUUCUAUAUUAUGGAGAAGAGUCGCAAGCCAGUAUACUAUCAUCCCCUUCUACCUUAAUCUUCAACUGUUCGUGUAACUGUGCAUAAUCGUGUAAUAUCCUAAGUGACUCGCGAGCCUGUUAGCUUAAGUAGAUGCGUACACUACUCUGUUAAUACAGGAUCAGGAAUCACUGUUCAUUGACAACGACAAGAUGCAAAAAAGGAAAAAAGGAGAGAGAAAAAAAAAAGAAACAGACUUUCAUGCCUAUACUGCACAUAGUCAUUCUUACUCGAGACCAUGUGCAUUCCGCAAAUUGUUCCACUUCUGUUAAACAUACAUCGUUAUUAUCUUUACUUAUAAAAAAGGUAUCGAGAUAAGUAAAUGUUAAAAAUGCAAGUAUAAGUUUCAUCAUCGCAGCUUGUUGAUAAUUCGUUCUUUCGAAUAUUUUUAUUUUACGACAUCACAUUAGAAUAAUCUAUUUUAUCAAUCGCGACGAAACCACGAACGAAUGCAUUGCUGCAAUAAUUGAACUUGUACUUUGUUAACAAUCAACUAACAAGUGGAAUUUGAACAUAUCAUAUUUUCACAAAAUAUGUUACAAGUAUUAAUAUAAUAACAAUAAUCAGUAUCCAUUGUAUCUAUAUAGGCAGCCAAAAAUUUCCGCAUAAUGGUAUCAGGCAUCUACUUCUCUUUAUGAAAAUAUGUUAUUUCAAAAGGCAACUUUGCUAGAAUGAAAAAUUCUUUUCUGAUUUUUUGCCAAUUGUUACUGAAAGAAUAUGUCAAAAUAUUUAUAAGACUGAGAAGCAUCAUCAGAAAAGACUUUUUACGAUUGAUUUGAUCGUAGGAAUGAAUAUACAAAACUCACGAGUAAAUACUUAAAAAAAAACUGAGAAAAGAAACAAUUUGUUGUUUUACUUGCGUGUUUGCGGAAACUACCGAUAUUGCUAACUUGAAUCGAUAGUAUUACUGAGAUUAUGACUGAAUGUUCCAUGUCUGUCCUACAUUGGACAGCUAUAUUCAUACUAUUUACAUAUAUGAUAUAAAUGUCAAUUAAACUAUUAUCAUUCACAAAUUACAUAAUAUAUAUAUAAUGUAGCUUCUUCUUAUUUCUUCAUCUGCUUUUUUAAUUUAUGUAAGAUUUAAAGAAAAGCAAAAAACAUAUUUUUAUUUAGAUUAAUAUAAGAGUUUUACGUGACGUUAAUUUGCUAUGAGACAGAAAAUUUAUUCUCUUUUUACAGAGCUUGAUUUUAAACUGAGUUACAGCUUCUGUUUUUUUUUAUUUUUAUUUUUUUAACAAAUCUGAUUAAAAGUAAGAUUUUUGUGGUAUACGAUCGACGAUUGUUUCCUCCGCUGAAAGAUCAUCUAUAAUCCUAACAAAUUUUCUAUCAUUGAAUUGUAUAUUUUUAUAAAUAAACAUGCAGUAUUUUAAAGAAAACAUGCAGAUACACACACGUAUUUCUAUACGUGCGUAAACACGUAAACAUGAUUGUUCCAUGAUUAUGUCAAAUACUUAAUCGACAUAAGAUAUUUCCAUAUAAUUAUAGGUAGACCUUUCAUUAAGACUGGACAAUACGCAUGUUCUUAUACAACAUGUAAAUUUUCUCUUCCUAUGCGCAUGCACGCAGGAAUCUUUUACGUUAAAUAUAUUUUUUUCUAUAUUCUAGAUAUCGUAAGUAAGCGCGCACGAUUGUAACGAGGCAUUCAGUGUAACGAAUAAAAAUAUUUAUAGCUCUUUGUA